AUGGAUGAAAUUUAUAAGAUCACUUCCACAGAAAGGGUCCAGCUGUUGGAGAAAAAACUGGCUGUGCAACUGACUGAACUGAAGUCUGAGAUAGAAGAGCAGGGAGCUCUUCAGAGAACAACUAAUCGAGUUUACAGCUCUGUUCAAAUGCCAAAGGAUAUUUAUUACUUUAGAAGAGAGAAGGAACUGGCACUGAAGAAAACCUUACAGGUGGCCGAGUCGAAGUCCUUUGUUGUUCAGGCAGACAUCAUGCAGAGGGAGCUAGAGAGCUGCCUAAGAAGGGAGUACACCCCUGAAAAUUUACCUUUGCUUCUGUUACAGAAACAAGUUGGCUACAUUAUGCAAGAGUACAAUGAUGCCCUUCAGAGAGCUGAAAGAUUGUCUGUUGCUCGAGAAAACUUCCUCAUGGGAAAAACAGUCCUCCUAACUUAG